AUGACACUUCAUCACAACACUUGCCAACGUCUACUCGACUUUAGCGGCAACCUCUACGCGAUGAAGAAACACGACAUCAAAGCAUCCGUUCAACACCUACUUGCAUUUAUCGCUUCCGACAAGAAAGCUCUGUCCUUGUUAAAAAAAGCUACCGACGACGAUAGCCGCCUUUCUUUCAUCGCAUACAUCCUGCCCACCGUCCAAAAGUCAUCUUCAUACCCCAAACAGGAGCUGAUAAAGCAGGAUUGGUUGCGAGAGAUCAGUAGGGAAUGCAACAUCAGAAAACCCACUGUUCCUUCAUGCGUCUUCGAAGCCUGCAAAAUGCGGAAGAAGAAAACGAAUGGUCACAAAUUGACGAAAAGGCGUUUGAGUCAAAGUCUCGGGUUCACAGCCCAUGCCCGCAAGAUCAAUGCCGCGAGAUUCGCCAGUGUCGUCGAAACGUGUGUCAGAAGGUACAGCGCUACCGACGCUUAUCCACCUCUGAAGCACUGGGUGUACGAGACAGAGGCGAUUCGAAAGCGAUGGGAGGAACAUCUCUCGUCAGGCAACCGACACGACCCCCGCAACCCUUACCUUCCACUGAUGAAAGUCGAUCCGGCUCUCCUCGACCACGAUAUACCCAUCGACGAUAGCCGCCUUUUUCGGGAUUCGGAUGGAGAGGAAGUUUGCAAUGUCUUCCGCGAAUUUUGCAAGCAAACCAGUACUCGCCAUGUCAAUCUCAAGGCAAGCUUUUCUGACGAACGAUAUCAGAUGGACGAUCCUGGUGAUCUCGUCCAAAUUGGUUUCUCUGCGGGUUCUCGCAACGCUCCCAAGAUCCACUGGGUCAGAAACAUAACACGCCGCAAUCUCCCAGAUCAGGUCGUCGCCGACUUGAACUAUCGUUCCAGCUCUGCUUUCGCAUUGUUCUGGAACUUAUGCAAGGACGUUCUUCCCAAACCAAUCAUCAACGACUUCAAUGCUUUCUUCGAAAAAGACGGCAUCCUCCGAAUGAACCCUGCAGAGGGAGCAGCAAAGGAUUUCGCCAAGGACGAACACCAUGCUGUCACAGGCGACUAUACCAUUCGAAUUGGUGACGAAAGCUUUCUUUUCAAGAACGUUGAGCUCGCCCCUCCCUGUGGAGUGUUUGGUCGAAACUAUGCAAGAGCCAUGCACUUCGAAAACCAGCCUCACAAAUACGCAAUAGCCUGGACGGUCAGAAGAGACCAUCCUCCCGAUGCAGGAGGCCAUUUCUACAUUGGCACUUACAAGAUUCGCAUCCAGGCUGCAGCCAACACUCUCGUCAUUUGGAAACCAACCGACAUCCACGGAACGAGCUUGCAAGAUCUAGAUCCAAACGAUGAAAAUCCCGCCUUCAUUCAAACGGGCCUCGCCAUUGUAACUCCCAAGCGGCUUCGCAAACUAUGGAGAGCUUACAAAACGAAGGCUAUUACGUACGACGACGUCAUACUUGCCUUGACUGCUAACAGCAACCACGAGGAUUGA